AUGGAGAGGUUAAAGAAUGAAGAAAAUCAAAUAGCUCUUGAAGACGGUGUAAUUGAACUGCUGAAAUUUAGGCUGGCACUAAUUUGUGCACACUUCCUGCUUUCUUAUUCCGAUUUGGAGCAGUUUGAAAAUGUAAUGACUUCACUAAGAGAGCCGCUUAAAAAUGUGUUUCAAUCAAUUUUGGUUAAUGUUGACAACAAAUACAACAUGCCUCAAGUCCUUGGUAGCCUCCUGGAUAAUAUCGAUGAUUGUAUCAGCUCAUGUCCUCGUUCUACAUCCAUGACUGAGGAGGAGUUGGACUUCCUCCUCCUGAAUCUCCAUUAUCUAUCCAAGUAUGCUGAGCAGAUGUUUCCAUUAAGCACUCAGCUGGUGAUGCUUCAGAAUAUGUGUGGUAACAUGAAAGAUUUCAAUGGGUUGAUAGUGAAUGGUUGCAUUGAUCAAGAUAUUGUAAAAUAUGUCUUACCUCAGUUUCAACUCUUGGCUGAGAGAGUCGGAUUCUUUCUUUGGGUGUUUCAUAUGGAUCAGUCUGGAAUCUCCGACUCCGACUCCAAUGAUAAGACUGAUGAAAACGCUCACCUCAGCAUGUUAAAUUAUCUACUAUUAAAGAUUGUUCCAGUUGAAUUCGAGUUUAUGCAUAUAUGUUAUACAAAUUUGAAAUCUUCAACUUCAGCAGAAGUUGGACGCUUCAUUAAACAGCUCCUGGAAACCUUUCCAGACAUUCUUAGAGAAUAUCUGAUUCAUCUACAAGAGUACAUGGUAACUAUAAUUAACCCAAACAUUUCAGGAGCUCGAGACAUUCACUUCAUGAUGGAGUUCCUGUUGAUUAUUCUUACUGACAUGCCUACCGACUUGAUUCAUCAUGACACAUUUUUUGAUCAUUUGGCACGUGUUGGAGAACUUACCAGAGAGGUAGUAUCAACUCUUGUUUGGGACUUUGGAGACAAAUCAAUGAUCAAAGAGUGUAUCAAGGAAACAACUCGUACAACAGUAGACUUGCUAAAAGAUAUUGAACUCCUGAAGGGAGAUCUCAGGCAUGUUUACUUGAAAUCUCCAGACUCAUGUCAAAAAUGCUUCCCGAUGAGUGAUGGACCGCUCUUCAUGCAUCUUCUACUCAGGCACUUAAAAGAUUUGCUAGAUUCCAGUGCUUAUUCAAUAGCUUUGAUAAAGGAAGAAAUUGGGCAAGUGAAAGUAGAUCUGGAAUUCAUAAUAUCUUUUUUUGUGGAUAUUGAGGAAGAAUUGUAUAAAGAUCUGUGGGAACGAGUUUUAAAUGUGGCAUUUGAGGCAAAAGAUGUCAUUGAUUCAAUUAUUGUUCGAGAUAAUUGUCUCUUACAUCUUAUUUUCUCACUUCCCGUUACCAUAAAGAAGAUCAAGCUUAUCAAAGAAGACAUCUCCAAUUUACUUGAGAAUUCCCAAGAACAGAGGGCUCGUUGUUGUUUUGAGGAGGAGACAAACUGGAUAAUGAGAAAGCUCACCAGUGGACCGGCAGAUUUAGAUGUCAUUUCGAUCACUGGUAUGCCGGGUUCAGAGAAAAGGGCAUUUGGAAACGAGAGUUGCCCUGAUGACCUAUUAGAUGUUGGUAAAGAAAUAGCCGAAAAUUGUAAAGGGCUUCCUUUGGUGGCUGAUCUGGUUGCUGGAGUCAUUGCUGGGAGGGAAAAGAAAAAGACUCUGUGGUUUGAAGUUCAAAAUAAUUUGAGUUCCUUUAUUUUGAACGGUGAAGUGGAUGUGAUGAAGAUUUCAUGCCAUAUGUUGACCAUUGAUUAUAACAGAGAGUUCUUUGGGCUUAACAAUUUUGUCCCGUUCGAUCCAAAUAAGAAAAGGUAUUCUAGUAAACACCUGUAUUCUUUGUCGAUAGAGGGAGACCAGCUGGACAACCGUCUUUCUGAUAUAUGUCAGCUAAGACACUUGAGGCUUCUUAGAGUGUUGAACCUGGAUCCCUCUUUUAUCAUGGUAAAAGAUUCUUUGCUGAAUGAAAUCUGCAUGUUGAAUAAUUUGAGGUUCUUACAAACUGGGACAAAAGUUAAAUCCCUGCCUUUGUCUUUCUCAAACCUCUGGAAUCUAGAAUUCCUGGCGGUGUAUAACGAAGGAUCAACCUUGAUAAAUCAACACUGA